UUAUUUGAUUUGAAAGUGGAUUUAUCAUUGGAAGAUGAGUUUGGGUUCAGCUCUAGACUCGGUUUAUCAGCCCGCGCAACUCUUAAACUGGGUGUAUCUGUCGCUGCAGGAUUUGAAGAGAAAUAAUGACGAGUUUACAGCAUCUGACGAGAACUAUUACAACAGCAAACCUGCUCACGUCAUCAGCAGCUUCAUGCACGAGCGCAGAGAGACUCUGUGUAGCAGCUUAUAUGAGGGCUCGUCUCCCUACGGUUCACUGAACGACAUCGUGGAGGGUCUGAGUUUACUGACGGACAACUUCUCCGACCUCUCGCUCGCCUGUGAACCCAGAAAACUGUACAAGAAGCCUCCGCCAAACUACCUGUGCCACCUGUGCUUCAACAAGGGCCACUACAUCAAAGACUGUCCGCAGGCUCGUCCUAAAGGAGAGGGUCUGACGCCGUAUCAGGGAAAGAAGAGGUGUUUCGGAGAGUACAAGUGUCCCAAAUGCAAGAGGAAAUGGAUGAGUGGGAACUCAUGGGCGAACAUGGGUCAGGAGUGCAUCAAAUGCCACAUCAACGUCUAUCCUCACAAACAGCGUCCUCUGGAGAAACCCGACGGCCUGGACGUAUCGGACCAGAGCAAAGAACAUCCUCAGCAUCUCUGUGAGAAGUGUAAGCAGCUCGGAUACUACUGUCGUCGAGUUCAGUGACCUCUGACCUCCGGCAUCCUAAAGACCAGAUACACCCGCAUUCACAUCGUGACCGGUGCUAUAAUCUGCUCCACUUUAGCUGGACAAUAUUCACUGAUUCCUGAUUUAAAGCAGAACUCUGAGUAAAUACUGAAAUGGUGUCAGCAGCAGUUAUGCAAUAUGUUGAUUGCCACAGAAAAUAUAUAUUUUUAACAAUAAAUCUGUGGUUGUUUAAGUAAAUGGUGCACCACAAUUAAAACUCACCACA